UCGCUGGCCACCCGGAGUGGAGCUGUGGAGUUGGGUGAUAAACAGGCUGUGGCUAGGCGGAGGGGGAGGGGGCGUUCUCUCUGCCGGGACUUCUCACGCCCCCUCGUUCUUUUAGGUGUGGUUAGGUCCGCACUGAAGUUCUCGGCAGCCGGCUUGAGCCUACCCCCUUGUGAGGGAAAAAUAGCUCUCGCAGAAAGCAGUUCAAGUUGCGGAGAGGGUGCGAGACGUGGAUUGUCCCCAUGCCAGCCAAGUGGUGCGGCCCUGAGCUGGUCCAGGAGCCUGCCCGACGUGUCUGAGAGAGGCCCCGGAGGGGGCGGGAAGGGACGGUCAGAACGCGGUCUCUGGGAAGAGACGUGGGGAAGAUUCGACUCCGAGAAGAGGAAGAGCCCCAUUGAAAGGGAGUGAGGCCGCUGAGGGGGAGGGGGCUGCCAAGAUGGCGUCUGCCUCUGGGACGUCGGCGGUGGGGUUUUCAUUCGUGGAUGCCGGGGUUCCUUCCAGCACCUCGUCCUCAGGUUUCAACUUUCUGUGCUGUGAGUCCAAGAGUCAGAGAGCACGUGGAGCCAAGAGAACCGUGACAUCUGAGGUGGCUUAUGCCUCCGGCAUGCCCAUGAAGAAAAUAGGCCACAGGAGUGUUGAUUCCUCAGGGGAGACAACCUAUAAAAAGACAACCUCAUCAGCCUUGAAAGGUGCCAUCCAGCUAGGCAUCACUCACACUGUGGGGAGCCUGAGUACCAAACCGGAGCGGGAUGUCCUCAUGCAAGACUUUUACGUGGUGGAAAGUAUCUUCUUCCCCAGUGAAGGGAGCAACCUGACCCCUGCUCAUCACUACAAUGACUUUCGGUUCAAGACCUAUGCACCUGUUGCCUUCCGCUACUUUCGGGAAUUAUUUGGUAUCCGGCCUGAUGAUUAUUUGUACUCCCUCUGCAAUGAGCCACUGAUUGAACUCUGCAGCUCUGGGGCCAGUGGUUCCCUCUUCUACGUGUCCAGCGAUGACGAAUUCAUCAUUAAAACAGUCCAGCAUAAAGAGGCAGAGUUUCUGCAGAAGCUGCUUCCAGGAUACUACAUGAACCUCAACCAGAACCCUCGAACUUUGCUGCCUAAAUUCUAUGGAUUGUACUGUGUGCAGGCAGGUGGUAAGAACAUUCGGAUUGUGGUAAUGAACAAUCUCUUACCUCGGUCAGUCAAGAUGCAUAUCAAGUAUGACCUCAAGGGCUCAACCUACAAACGGCGGGCUUCCCAAAAAGAGCGAGAUAAGCCUCUCCCCACCUUUAAAGACCUGGACUUCUUACAAGACAUUCCUGAUGGUCUCUUUUUGGAUGCUGAUAUGUAUAACGCUCUUUGUAAGACCCUACAGCGUGACUGUUUGGUGCUGCAGAGCUUCAAGAUAAUGGAUUAUAGCCUCCUGAUGUCAAUCCAUAACAUAGAUCACGCACAGCGAGAGCCCUCAGGCAAUGAAUCACAAUACUCAGUAGACACUCGCAAACCAGCCCCCCAAAAGGCUCUGUAUUCCACAGCCAUGGAAUCUAUCCAGGGCGAGGCUCGGCGAGGUGGCACCAUGGAGACUGAAGACCAUAUGGGUGGCAUCCCUGCCCGGAAUAGUAAAGGGGAAAGGCUGCUGCUUUAUAUUGGGAUCAUUGACAUUCUGCAGUCUUACAGGUUUGUUAAGAAGUUGGAGCACUCUUGGAAAGCUCUGGUACAUGACGGGGACACUGUAUCGGUGCAUCGCCCAGGCUUCUAUGCUGAACGGUUCCAGCGUUUCAUGUGCAACACAGUCUUCAAGAAGAUACCCUUGAAGCCCUCUCCUUCCAAAAAGUUUCGGUCUGGCUCAUCUUUCUCUCGGCGAGGAGGCCCCAGCGGCAACUCGUGCAUUACUUACCAGCCAUCGGUGUCUGGGGAGCACAAGGCACAAGUGACAACAAAGGCGGAAGUGGAGCCAGGCGUCCACUUCGGUCGUCCUGAUGUUUUACCUCAGACUCCACCUUCGGAGAAAAUCAGUGAGGUCUCGACUAUUCCUGACCCCUGUUUUUCACCUGUAGUUGGAGAGACUUUGCAAAUGCUAUCGACAAGUUCCGACCUCUUGGAAAAGCUUGAAAUUGAAGAGUCAGAGUUCACCCAUUGAGCAGAAAUCCUCAGAAGACCUGGAACAAGAUUCUACCAUCUCUGUGAUCCCAAGAUGUCAGCACUUGCCUCAGCAAUGCUGAGUUUUCUUCUUGGUCAUCAGAAAAGGAGUAUGAUGGAGGCUCGGGAGGCUCUCCAGCUCCUCUCUGAAGAAGAACCUGUUCUCCUUCCCCUUCCUCAUGAAUGGGCAUUAGCGCCUCAGACAGUUGAGGGCACCAGCAUCCUCUGCACACCCGAGCUGGGCGGCACGGGUUUUCAACUGGCCAACCUUGGUUUCCACAAUUGAAUUGUUUUCACACCCCCAUUCUUCCUGAUGGAAAUGGGUUGUUGGACUUAGUGGUUUUCUUCCUUCUCAUCUACCUGUCACCUGGAGCUGGACUCUUAAUUUCCUCAGGACAGACUGGCUGGCCCGUUAUCCUUACCAUGGCUUGCUCUUUCUGGAAGAAGAUCCCUAUAAAGUUUGGAAAGGUUUUGGGGAUAUGAGGGUGUUUAACUACCUUCCAACCAUUUUUUCCACCUGCAAGAGGAAAAGAAAAAAUAGUGUACAGCACAUAAUUUUAAGCCAGACAGUUUCAGAUCAAAACUCCUGAAGUGCUGGAGAGAUGCUCACUCAGAGGGUUUCCUCUGAAGAGCCCUGGGGUUUGAGAAGCAGAAGUGUGGUGACUGCUCCGUCUGGAGCAGCUCCUUUAACUCCUCUCUUGAUGAAUUUCUUAAGGCCGAAGGAAUGGAGAGAGUGGGACAUGGGGUCGUCUUUACCCCUUUUGUUGAAACAGUGGCGCAGUCAUGGGGCUAGGAGACCAGUGUCCUUCCUAGGCAUGGUCCUCCUCACCACUGGGCCAUAAUGAUUGUUACUAUUUUGCAAUUUGAAAUAUAUUGUGGUUGUUUUUCUAAGUAUGAAGACAUCAAAUGAAUUUUAGGUCCUUCUCCAAAGGAGAUUUGUUCCUUGCUCUCCCCACCUUUUCCAGCAGUGUUCUGCUGUUUGUGGAGCUGAGGUGGAGGAGGGGCUCACCUGUGUCUGUGUAACAGGCAGUCUGUGUCUAUGAGGCUUGAGAAUAUCUCUUAAACUCAUGGGAGCCAGCAGAUUCUUGCCUUGGUGAGGUCACUGUUGUGCCCCCUGUCCUGCCCUCCUCUCUUCGUGCAGAGAACUUGGAAAUGGGGGGGUAAUAUAAUCCCUCUCCUCCUCAUCUCCAAGAGUUGCAGUUCUCCAUCUGAAUUGCCUCCUCUUGUCGGGGGGAGGAGGGGACCUGGCAUCUCAGGCCGAUUGUUAAAUUCCCACACUAUCCCCUCUUCGUCCCACCCAACCCUAGUAGGUUAGCCCAUACCCCAAGUAACUGUCUAUAUUAGACACCCCCAGCCAAAUUCUGGCUGCCUGUCUUUGCUGCCAUGUUCUUUUUUACAAGAAGGAAAGAAACAAUUCUUGCUAUUUUUUUCAUAAUUUACUAUUUAUGAUGUAUUUAAGUGUUUUAUUCAAGACAGAGUUAUGUAGGGGUGGGAGGGGCAUUUGUGGGAGGUUGGGUCUUAGGGAAGGGGGCGGGAAUCAACAUUUUUAUGAAGUGUCACUAUUUGCCUCUCCUUUGUAUUGUUCAGAAAUGGCAAAUGCAAUAUACGUGAUAAAUAAUCUGGUUUUAAUGUAUUAAAUUUUCAUUAGUUAUUUAGA